UUAAACAUCAGUCGAAACCCUGUAUCAGUGCAGCAUUAUCAUGACAGGCGGUCGAAUAGCUGACAUUUUUACCAGACGAUGGUAUUUUGAGAUAACAUGAGCCAGAGUCACCUUCAAACGGAUGGGCUUCUCUUCGAGGAGAAACCACUCCAUGUGCCGACCCUCUCAGAACUAAAAAAAGUUAUACAGGGUGCCCUGAAUGGCAACUUUGCCUCAGUUCAUGUUAGUGUUGGUCCUUGUCCGGAUCUAAAGGACUCCCAGUUUGGCCUUGUUAAGAGUGGACUGGGUGGCAAACCCACUUUAUUGGAAGCAGGUGGUCCACCCUAUUUACGUCCUUUGGUGCAGCGUGAGAAGCUCUACAAUCUGAAAGAGAUCACCCGAAAGGCUCAAGGACCUGGCCAGAUAUUUGCUGUUGGUCCAGGAGCAGGUCCUUGGCCCAUUCGCCACUCCAAUUGCGAGGGUAUCUUUAAUUUUUCCCUAAACGAAAAGGACGAACUCAAGCAGGGCAGUUACACGGCCACUGUAAGGGGAGAUCAGGAGGAGUGUGUUCUGGAAAGGAUCCCCGAAAACGAACCACGCUGUGCCCUCAUCCUGAACUUAUUCCUAAGCGAGGGAAAACCAGGUGAUGUGCUCAGAAUCUCUGCUAAACAGCGAACUGGUGAGGAAAACUUUGUGGACUGCAUUCGCAAGGGUUUGGAGCAGCACUAUGGUGACAAGGUAGUUGGCCUGGGAGGAAUCUUUGUGGUUAGAAAAGGCUGUGUCCACCAGCAUGUGAUGAGGGAUUUCAGCAAGACACCGAUUCACACCCAGGAGCAGAUUCAACAAUGGCUAAAGUUCUACGAAAUGCCCGCCCAGCUGAAUGCCGUGGGCACUUUGGUGACCAAGGACAUGGGACUCGACCUGAGGCUGCAGCACUUCCACUCCUUUUCCUUUGAAAACUGGGGUGGCCACUACCAUUACGACACCACUCCAGAUGUAGUGGAAUAUGAGGCAUAUCUCAAUGUGGCCGAACGUGUAAUACGAGUGGACAGACCAGUGGUAACUGACCAGUUGGGCAGAGACUGAUAUGGACUAUCUUCACCUGUCUAACAUAUCAAAACUGCUAAUAACUGUGCACAUAAAUAAACUCUUCCGAGAAAAUGUUUUCAGUUUCUGUCUGGUCUUCGACCAUUU